AUGUGUGAAGGGUGCCUUCUUUCCUUUGCGAUAGAGAAGGUUUCUUAUGAUUGUGGUAAAUACAAGUCUCUCGUGGGCAUUUUGCACAAGGAUAUUGAUUGUUUUGUUGAGGAUUUUGAUUCCAAAAAUCAUAUGAAAUUAGCGAAAAAUCAGGAUAAUUGGGAGAAAGUUAAGGAGAAUGGGAGCAUUGUUUCAAAGUGUUCUUGUUGGGGGGAGCCUCUUAAAACAAGAACAUUCUCGAGUUUGUCCAUGAAAGCCGCUGCACCAUCCCCUCAAGUACCCUUGUUGGCUAGUAGAAAUGAAGAAGGACGCAAUGUAGAAUUGCCUAAUAUUAAGUACAUGGAGCUUAAGUUUGAUUCAAACAACGAAUCAGAGGUUCAAAAGGAUGAAAAUGUCUCAAACGAAGCUCAAUCCAGUCAUAGGUGGGACAACAGGGGUACUAGAAAGCUCUCAAUCGAUGAUGCAAGGGCUCUAAAUGGUGCAGACGGGGACUCCAUUUUGCAUUGUUAUAAGAGGCAAGUUCGGUUGGACCACGAGUCCCUGAUGGCAUUGUACAUGGAAUUAGGUGAAGAAAGAAGUGCUUAUGCAGAUGCGUCAAACAAUGCAAUGGCCAUGAUUACCCGAUUACAAGCCAAGAAGAGUGAGGAAGAUGUAAAGCUUUUAAAGUCUGAACUUGAAACCUAUAGAGAAAAAUAUGGACCUAACAAGGAAGAAGAUGGAGGGAAUCCAAAUGAUUUGUUGUUAGAUUUUGAGGGCGAAAGAUCUCAUCUUCUAGCCCUUUCAACAGAUCUUGAGAGAAUAAUAUAUUCAUCUUCAGAUGAAGGGUCAGAAUCUUCGGAGGUCGAUAAUGUUAAGCAUGAUGCUGCUGCCAGAGGUGGAAAUGAAAACAAGGUCACUCUUAAAAGAGAAGUAUCUCUAAUUAGGGACAGGUUGAGAGCCAUUGAAACCGAUAGCGACUUCUUAAAGCAUGCUGCUAUGACACUCCAUCAAGGGGUUGAGGUGACUGGCUCUUGA